AUGUCGAGCCAGGCCGAGAUCGUCAAGUUGCUCUCCACUCUUCUCUCCGUUGUGGAGACCUCCAUCGUCCCGCUCACCCGGAAGGGCGUCUCUUCCGGCUCUAAGCUCUUCGGCGCCGCGAUCCUCGCCCGUUCCGAGGAUCUUAAGCCUCUCACUGUCGCCACCAACAACGAGCGCGUCUCGCCUCUGCUUCAUGGCGAGAUCAACUGCAUCCAGCAGUUCUUCACCGCCGACUUCCCGGACCCUGCGACCCGGCCGGACCCGCGCCGCGAUUGCAUCUUCUUUGCAACCCAUGAGCCAUGCAGCCUGUGCCUCAGCGGCAUCGCGUGGUCCGGAUUCAGCGAGUUCUACUAUCUCUUUACGUAUGAGGACAGCCGCGACUUGUUCGCGAUCCCGUACGACAUUGAGAUCCUCGAGGAGGUGUUCCGGGUAAAGGGCGGGGAGACGGACGAGCAGGUGCAGCAACGGGCCUUGUACAACAAGAACAACAAGUUCUUUCAAGGCAAGUCGCUUGCCGACUUGGUGGCUCUCCUGGACGAUGAGGCGGAGAGGACAAAGUGGACGAGCGAGAUUCAGCGAGUCAAGGCUCUGUACAACUCUCUGAGUGAGACAUAUCAGGAGGGGAAGAAGUCGGGAGCGACGAGCUCCAGCAUUUGGAAGUAG